AUGUCCAGUGCUCUGCCAGCGAGUGAAAGCCCGAGUGCACCACACGACUUUCGAGCCUUCCUCGACGUAUUGCGAGCUGACAAUGACCUGGUUGAAAUCAACACCGAGGUCGAUCCACAUCUCGAGGUUGGAGCAACCGCACGUCGUGUCAGUGAAACCAACGGAAAGGCCCCCUUAUUCAACAAUGUCAAAGGUGCGCGCAACGGGCUAUGGCGCAUCUUCAGCAAUGCAGCCGGGCUGAGAAAGAACGAGAACGAGAGGUUCGGUCGUGUCGCCAGAAACCUUGGACUCCCCAAGGACGCCACCUGGAAGCAGAUCUGCGACCGGAGCCAGGAGGGCAAGAACAAGGCUCCUAUACCUCCUAAUGUCGUCCCGACGGGGCCGUGCCAGCAGAAUCAGAUCCUUGGCGAUGCUAUCGACCUUGAAGCUCUUCCAGUACCCUUUCUGCACCAGCAUGACGGUGGAAAGUUUCUCCAAACGUAUGGUGUCCAUAUGCUCCAGACUCCUGACGGAUCUUGGACGAAUUGGUCCAUCUUUCGUGCCCAGGUCUACGACAAGCGACAUCUGGUCGCCCUCAUCAACCCGGGACAGCACAAUCACAUGGUCAUGGAAAAGUGGAAGAAGUUGGGCAAGGACGUGCCAUGGGCGCUUGCGUUUGGCGUGCCUCCUGCUGCGACCAUGGCAGCAGCGUGCCCUCUUCCCGAAGGUGUGAGUGAGGCUGAGUACGUUGGUGCCAUGCUGGGACGGCCUCUCGACCUGGUCAAGUGCCAGACGAAUGAUCUGCUUGUGCCUGCCAAUAGCGAAAUCGUGCUUGAAGGUACACUGUCGACUACCAAGAUGGGCGACGAAGGGCCCUUUGGUGAUUAUCUCGCACAUCAAUUCGACGACGAGCGACGGCCAGGCUCUCUCCUCAAAGUCGACCGCAUAACAUACCGCGACGACGCCAUCUUGCCCGUCUCCGUUCCAGGUCGCAUUGUCGAUGAAUCUCACACCACGGCCUCCCUCGCCUCCGCCGAAAUGGUCACCCUUUGCCAAUCCCAUGGCCUCCCCAUAAUCGAUGCCUACUGCCCCCUCGAGACAAUGGGUACCUGGUGCGCGCUGCAAGUCUCCCUUCCGCAACUCGCCCUCCUGCAUACCGACGCCGCAUCCUUUAGCCAACAGAUCGGGAACCUGGUCUUCUCUUCCAAAGCCUCAAUGCUCAUCAACCGCGUCUUCCUCAUCGGCGACGACAUCGAUGUCUACAAUUUCAAAGACAUCAUCUGGGCGCUCAGCACGAGGGCGCGGCCGGGGUUGGACGAUUUCCCGUUUGAGGAUGUGAGGGGGUUGCCGAUAAUGCCGUAUAUGUCGCAUGGGAGGGGGGAUCGGAAAAGGGGAGGGAAGAUGGUGACAAAUUGCUUGUUGCCCGCCGAGUAUGAGGGGCGGAGGAACUGGAUUCCGGUGGAUUUUGAGAGUUCUUACCCGGAAGUGGUCAAGGAGAAGGUUAGGGAGAUAUGGGAGACGACAGCCAUUGGGGAGUAG